AUGGAGCCGGCACUACCCCUACCUUUGCGACUGGAGCUUGCGCAUGCCCCGGUGUCGAUGGACCACACCGCAGUCUCGGAAUCCAUCUCGUCGUUCCUCGCGCAGUACGCCGCAAGGACGGGCACGCACAAUGCGUCCGAAGACGCCGCCGGCUCCACGGGCGGCGUGGUGGCGGCACAACUCACAAGGCUCAUGAACGGCCUCGCCGGCAAGAUCGACUAUGAUGCAUUUACCGCCAUGAUCGCCGGGACGGUGGAUGAAGAGAUGGAGACGCCAAUGGAGGUGCUCGAACCAUCGACGCAGCAAGAACCACAGACCAAGGUCCACGAGGAGCAAGUGGAUCAAGCCACUUCAACCGAAAAGGAAAUGAAGGACAAGAAGGAAAAGAAGGAUAAGAAGGACAAGAAGGAUAGGAAGAAGAAGGACAAGGUCAAGUCCGAGUCUUCUUAG